AGGAUCCAACAUAUCAUAAGAUGAGCUUGAAAUUUCAGUUUCAUCUGUUGCAUUCCUUGUUUGCCAUGUAGUCUCCAAUGCCUCAAGAGCUGAUGUCAUAGCAUUCAAUCCAUCCUCAAUGAUUGCUCUUGCCUCUUCAUUAUCUUGAUUUAUCCCAUAAAUCUUGUUUGGCGAAUUUUGUCCAUCUUCUCUUAAUAUAGCACUCUGGUAUUUGAGGUGUUGUUUUAGCAUUAUGGGUGCGAUGGAAUUCUUGGGAACACCUGGAGGUCAACUGUCCAUAGCCGUUGCAGUUGGUCUCGUUGGUGUUGGUGUUGGUGCUGCUUAUUUCUUGUUAUCAUCGAAGAAGCCCAAAGAAGCUCAAGAGAGAACUGGACAUGACUAUUGUGGCUUGGCUUUUUUGUGCUUGGAUCCCGAUAAAUUCAAGGAGUUCAAGCUGGUCAACAAAACAUACCUUAGUCCUAAUGUGGCUAAGUUCAGAUUUGCUCUACCUACACCAACCUCGGUAUUUGGACUUCCUAUAGGCCAUCACAUAAUUUGCAAGGGUAAGGAUAGACAAGGUGGAGUUGUCAUCAAACCUUACAAUCCGAUAACUUUGGAUUCUGAUGUUGGAUAUUUUGAGCUGGUUAUCAAGAUGUAUCAACAUGGAAGAAUGUCCCAUCAUUUUGGGACAAUGCACGAAGGAGACUAUCUGGCUAUAAAAGGACCAAAGGGCCAUUUCAAGUAUCAACCAAAUCAAGUGAGAGCAUUUGGAAUGAUUGCUGGAGGUUCUGGAAUUACCCCAAUAUUUCAGGUUGCUAGGGCAGUUCUUGAAAAUCCCAGUGACAAAACAAAGGUUUACCUGAUUUAUGCUAAUGUUAAGGACAUUCUCUUGAAGAAUGAAUUGGAUAAUCUUGCAAGAACAUACCCUGAUGGAUUCAAAAUCUACUACGUGCUCAAGAAACCUCCUAAGAUAUGGGAGGGAGGCGUUGGAUUUGUAUCAAAAGAGAUGAUUCAAGCUCACCUCCCACCUCCGGCUUUUGACAUCCAUAUGCUGAGAUGCGGUCCGCCUUCCAUGAACAAGGCCAUGGCUGCCCAUCUUAAUGCUCUUGGCUACACCUCAAACACCCAGUUCGAGUUUGGCCUUCAUAUUUAGCAAUCUUCAUAGAUAUACAAUAAUGUUUUCUUCCAAAACUUGUUAAAAUUCAGGAGCUAUAAGCUUUACAUGAUACAGUGCUCGUUCCUUAAAUGGGCCAAGAUAUAAGUCAUCAAAUGAAUUUUUGUUUAGACAUGUUUAUGUUGUGAAAGUUUGGGUCGUGCUAGUUCGGUCCAAGGUGCCAUUUUCGGUUCAA